CACCUACACACACGUUGGACCGAACGCACGCCUUCCGAUCGACACGAAACACAACAGAACACAACACAACGCAACAUCACAUUACAUCCCACCAUGGCCGCGCAGCACACGAGAGCCGCCACCCUGGGAAUCGCGGUGCUCGUUUCGGCGACGGCAACAAACGCCUUUGUUCCGAUGCGGACCCACUCUGGGAUGGCCCGGGUUUCGGGCAUCCGCCAGAGACGACCGCAGGUGUCGCCGAGGGAGUACUCGAGCAGCAGCGACACGGAGGACCGGAGCAAGAAAGAGAGCAGCAGCGGCAACAGCAGCUCGCCGCCGCCACCGGAACCCAUCGAUCCAGUCUUUUCCUCGCUCUUUGAUGAGACCAUCAACUUUCUGGGGGAAACCAGCGGUGCAAGCAGCGAGGCGACCGUUCCAUCGACCAGCGAGGGCAACGAACCACCCCAGCUGUCCAUCGGAUUCGAUCCGGGAUCCCCGCCGCGGGCCUCGGAGGUCUCCGAUCCCGACGCCAGGGCCAUUUUUGCGGAAAACGCCGCGAUUCUGGCCGCGGGAAAAGAAGGGGGCAUCGACAUCGACACGAACAUGAACAUGAGCAUUGACAUUGACAUGAACCUCGACCUCGGGGACGCGCCGGGCGGCGAGGGACUCGUCAGCGAGGACCUCGAGGCCGUCCUGGCGGCGUCCGGGGAGGCCGCCGCCGCCGCUGAGGCCAGAAUGCCGCCCGAGCUGAGAGAGGUCCUGGACGAGCUGGCCAUCGAGGCCCUGAACCCUACGGAGGUGGUCCCCACCGUGGCCGCCGCCCCGACCCUUCCGCUGCAAACCCAAGCCGCGCGGCGGCAAGCGGAAGGCGAGGAGCUCGCUUCCCAACAAGCGGGGGAAACCGCGGUCCAGAACCCUCCGGCACCCAUCCCGACCCCGGGCGUGGGAAAGAUCCUGAGGUUUGCCGUUCCCGCCAUUGGCGUCUGGCUCUGCAGCCCGCUUCUCUCGCUCAUCGACACGUCGGCGGUAGGGGUCCUCUCGGGGACGGUCCAGCAGGCCGCCCUCGGACCCGCCGUUGCCGUGACGGAUUACGCAGCGCUCCUCAUUGUAAGUAUCGCUGUGCGUCGAUCGAUCGAUCGAUCGAUCGGUAUCUCUGUGUGUCUCUCGUCCCUUGGAUCGAGUCCAUCGAACGAGUCCCGUCUUUCUAACGCCGCGUGUCUUGUGGUUUGCCAACAACAGGCCUUUCUGUACACCGGAACCACCAACAUGGUGGCAUCGGCCCAGGAGUCGGAUCGGGGAACCACCGACAAGCCCCGGACCGCCGAGAUGAUGAUGGGUGCCAUGCGCAUGUCGACGUACGUCGGGAUCGGGCUGGGAAGCCUUCUCUUUGCCUUUGCCCGGCCCCUGCUCAGGGCCAUCAUCGGAAACGACGCCAUCGGCCCGGCCGUCUUUGCGUCCGCGAUGCGGUACGUCCGGAUCCGUGCCCUGGGGAUGCCCGCGGCCGCCAUCCUCGGCAGCACGCAGGCCGCCUGCCUAGGGAUGCAGGACGUCCGCAGCCCCCUCUAUGUGCUGGCGGCGGCGGCGGUGGUCAACCUGUUUGGGGACGCUCUGUUUGUGGGCCACUCCCACCCCCUGAUCGGCGGGACCGCGGGUGCGGCCUGGGCGACGGUCCUCUCGCAGUACGCCGCCGUGGCCCUCUUUGUCCGGUGGCUCUGCGGCAGGGCCCCGGAAGAGCGGGAAGCCGACGUCGAUUCCGGGCCGGAGGUGAUGAACCUCUCGAGCGCCAUUCUGGAAAUCACCAAUCCGGGCGAAAGAGACAGCAACAGCAACGCCCGCGGCGGGCACCGGACCGAUCGGCGGCAGAGGUUUCGAGCCGCCCUGGAAAGCUUCAAGCUCGCCGCCAGGCGGAAGAAGACGCCGGUUCCCGGCCGGAGCGAGGCCCGGCGGUCCCCCCUCCGGAGGCUGCUCCCGGGCCGAACGGCCGAGAAAACCAGCAGCGGAAGCGGCAACGAAAGCGGUCUUUCCUUUUCGACGCGGGGCUUUCUGAGGAACCGGUUCUCGGCGGCCGACCUCCUGAGGCCCCCGGGGGCGGAGACCCGCCGGGAGUUUGCUCCCUAUGUGGUUCCGGUGACCACCACGCAGGUCGGUCGGGUCUCGGGGUACAUCGCCAUGGCCCACGUCGUCGCCUCGUCGCUCGGGACGGUUGGCAUGGCCGCCCAGCAGGUCGUAGUCAGCAUCUUUUACUGCCUGUGCCCGAUCGCCGACUCGCUGAGCCUCACGGCGCAGAGCUUUGUGCCCGCGGUGUCGGAGCGGCCCGACGGCCCCGAGAAGGCCUCCGCGAUGGGAACCGUCCUGGCGAAUUUCCUCAAGGCGGGACUCGUCUUUGGGGCCGCCAUGGUGGCGGCGGUGGGGGCGAUCCCCCUCCUGGCCGGGUGGUUCACCUCGGACCCCUCGGUCGUGGCGCUGGUCCGCUCGGUCGUUCCCCUCCUCCUGGUCUUUUUCGGCGUCCACGGCCUGGUCUGCGGAUCGGAGGGCGUCCUCCUCGGCCGGAAGGACCUGGGCUUUCUCGGCAAGAUGUACGCGGCCUUUUUCGUCGCGGUCCCGUACUUUAUGAUGGGGGUCAAGCGAAGGGCCCUGGCCGGGGCCGCGGGGCUCUCCUCCGUCUGGACCGUCUUUGUCGGCUACCAGCUCGCCCGCUGCGGGAUCUGGGUGGCCCGGGCGUGUGCCCUGCAGGCGAGGACCCGCCGGUCCGCGGCAGCAACAGCGGUCCGCCCGUUUGCGAGCGAACCCGAAAGCAACAAGCUGGCACCGUAAGGAGGCGUUGGUGCACGGACCAACGAACGAACGAACGAACCCACCAACCAACCGACCAACUAUAGAUUGGUUCUUUAGACUACCAUACAAUAUAAACUAAUACAAUAC